AUGGUUCUACAGGCUUCACACUACGAAAUCCUCGGUUUAGAAGCAAAAUGCGACAUAUCCGAGGUUAAAAGGGCAUAUAGAGAGAAACUUUUGAGCUCCCAUCCAGAUAAAAAUCAAGAUCGUAAGCAGAGCCCGCAAAUAGGCGAUGGUGUUUCUAUCGAAAAGAUUAAACAGGCAUAUCGAGUACUUUCUGAGCCGGAGAAAAGAAAGCGAUACGAUUUGCUGUUGGCUGAAUCGUAUAAGAAACAUGGAUUCCAUAACACCGGAGAAGGUCUCGAUUCCUUCUCUCUGGACGAUUUUGAUUAUUCCACCGAUAGCGAAGAUUUCAGCAUGGACUGUCCGCGAUGUCAGGCUAAGAAAGGUUUCGAGCUGACAGAAGACAUGCUCGAACAAAAUGCAAUAGAAAGUCCAAAUGGAGGAUACCUCAUCGUAGUGCAGUGCAGUGCGUGCAGUCUAUGGCUCCAGGUCACAUAUGAUGUCGUUGAAGACUAA